AUGUUAACCUUUGUUGUCUGUAUUGAGGAGUCUUGGGAGGAAACAAAUAUUGAGGAGGUCAGGGAGGAAACAAAUAUUGAGGAGGUCAAGGAGGAAACAAAUAUUGAGGAGUUUUGGGAGGAAACAAAUAUUGAGGAGGCCAGGGAGAAAACAAAUAUUGAGGUCAGGGAGGAAACAAAUAUUGAGGAGUGUUGGGAGGAAACAAAUAUUGAGGAGGUCAAGGAGGAAGCAAAUAUUGGCGAGUCUUGGGAGGAAACAAAUAUUGAGGAGUUUUGGGAGGAAACAAAUAUUGAGGAGGUCAAGGAGGAAACAAAUAUUGGCGAGUCUUGGGAGGAAACAAAUAUUGAGGAGUUUUGGGAGGAAACAAAUAUUGAGGAGGUCAAGGAGGAAACAAAUAUUGGCGAGUCUUGA